AUGGCGAGUUCUGCCAAAAAUGAAGUUAUUGUACUGGAUGAUGAGGAUGAUUUUAAACCACCACAAGUAUUGCAAAAUCAGGCUGAUAAAUGGGCUUUUUUGAUGCAUCCUCCUCUUAAGAAAAUUAGUAGCACUAUUAAUCAUUCAUCAGAAAAACAAGAAGCAAACUCAGCAGCCCUAUCAGGUCGACCUCGUAAACUACCGGUUGUGAUUGUUUCUGAACAAGAUAAGAUGCCCGAAAAUCGAAAUUUUGUAAGAGCAUCCACUUCAGAACGUUUAACCAACGUAGAAAUUAUGGAAAAAGCUGAUCAUCUCUUGAGUGCUGUUUUCAAACACAAAAAAUAUAAAACGUCAAUUCAGAAACAAGCUAUUUAUACCAUAGCGAGAAAAAAAUCUGAUGUUUUCAUAUCGUUGCCAACUGGUGCUGGAAAAUCGUUGUGUUAUCAGUUACCAGCGCUAAUGUAUUAUCCGGGUAUUACGAUUGUUUUUUCACCGUUGAUAGCACUAAUUCAAGACCAAGUGCUUGCUUGUAAAGCUCGUGGAAUUAAAUGUGAUUCGCUGAAUUCAAAAAUUGGUGCUGAGGAUCGAAGACGAAUUAUUGAGAUAAGUGAUUUGCGGGCAGAAAAACCUGAAACGCAAAUAUUGUACAUUACCCCAGAAUCUGCAGCUACUCCAAAUAUUCAGCGAAUGAUUACAAGUUUGUUCAAAAGAAACUUGUUGAAUUAUUUUGUUGUUGAUGAAGCGCAUUGUGUAACGCAUUGGGGUCAUGACUUUCGUCCUGAUUAUUUAAAACUUGGAAAUUUGCGGCAGCUAGCACCUGAGAUAUGUUGGAUUGCUUUAACCGCUACAGCUAACAAAAAUGCACAGGAUGAUAUCGUGAAGCAAUUGAGGCUAAGCAACGUGAAAAUGUUCAAGGCUUCAACUUUUCGCAAUAAUCUAUACUACGAUGUUAUCAUAAAAGAUCUUAUACCUUCUGUACCUGAGAGACAUUUAGCUCUUUUCAUGAUGAAAGCAUUAGGAUGUACUCAGAAACCGAAGUCCACUGUAAAAUCUGCUCCUGAGCUGAAAUCAGCGGCUAAUGUUCUUGAUAAUUUAAUGUUUAAGUCAGCAGAAAAUGGAGAUUCUUCGAAAUCCAAAGAGAAGUGUGGUAAAUUAAUCUUUGUGGGUAGUGGUAUUGUAUACUGUCGCACAAGAGAGGAAUGUGAACGAAUGGCGACUCGUUUAACGGAGGAAGGUAUUCCUACGUUUGCUUAUCAUGCCGGUUUAGGUAAUAAGCUGCGCGAUGACAUCCAGGAUAAGUGGAUGAGAAAUGUUGUUCCUGUUAUUGCAGCUACUAUUUCAUUUGGAAUGGGUAUCGACAAGGCAGAUGUUAGAGUAGUUGUUCACUGGACAUGUUCACAGAAUCUAGCCGCAUAUUAUCAAGAAUCCGGUCGUGCUGGACGUGACGGCAAACGAAGUUAUUGCCGUAUCUAUUACAACAGAGAUGAUAAACGAUUCCUCAACUUUUUAGUUAAUCAAGAUGUUUCGAAAACGAAGGCCAAAAAAAUAGAUAAGAUAAUAAUUGAUGAGCAAGUGAAAGCAAUACAGCAUGGUUUCGAAAAAAUGGUGGAAUACUGUGAAAAAUCCCAAUGUAGACAUUUAUCUUUCGGCCGUUAUUUUGGUGAUGAUGACUUACGACCAUGCGGAAAGAGUUGUGAUUAUUGUAAAAAUCCGAAGGCUUGCGAUGAAAUGUUAUCACGUUUUAAUGCUGAAGCUUGGAAAGAUGUCGCCAGUUCACGGUCUCGAAAACGUCGCUUCGAUAAUAGCGAGGAUUCUUUCCUGUAUGAAGGAGGUCGGGCAGGAGUCAAGGAAUGGAAUGCGGAUGAAUCUGAUGAUACGCUGUCAACUUUAGAGAGUAAGGAAAAGCAGUGUCGUACGGAAAUUGUACAACAGGAAUUUGCGAGGCGUAGAAAGACUGCGACAACAACUUCAGGAAAUAAUGGUAAGAAAGUUCCUAUGAAUUUGUUAAUUAUCGAGCCAACAGCAAAAAGUGUCGCCAGUCUAACAGCUAAUCGAAGAGAAAUGGUGCGUACAACAAUUUAUACAGCUUUGAUUGCAAAUUUAUAUGGCGAACAACAUAAUGACGAUAUCGAAAAGGCAUCCUGCUAUAUCGAAUAUAAUAUUUAUAAAAAUUCGAAAAAUAGCUUUACCUACCAACAUAAAAUGUCGCAGAAGAUAGCCGAAAUCAGGAAAAUGACGAAAGAAAACAAAAAGUACGAUAUCCAUAAUGAUUCUGUAGCUGAGCCAUCGAAGACACCGAGUUUUCAGACAGCAUCAAGCUUAAUUUAUUAG